AUGAAAGAUGCUGUGAGUACAAAGUAAAAAGAUUCGUUACAUAAGCGGUCGAUUUGAACGACUAAAUAAAAUGUUUCUUAAAAUGUACUCACCGAAAUAUACAAUGUAAUAUUGUACAGAAAAAUGCUUUAUGCCUUAACGGAAACGUUUAGCGGGUAUUUAUACGCUUCCGACGGCCGAUUAAAGUGGCUAGGUUCCGAUGGCGUGAUUAUUGCGCGCGGAGAGCUGAUUCGUCGGUCAGCGAUAUCACGCCAUCGUCGUAUUACAAAACAAGCGUUCAAAACAAUAAUAUGUUAACUGAGAACAACAACAACAACAACAACAACAACUCGAUAAUUUUAUUAUUUGUAAUAAUAUAUUUUACGAUUCUGAGCCGACAAGAAAGUCCAAAAAAUUUAUAAACGUACCUAUUAAAUACAUUCCAGCAUGGAACUUGACAAUAUAUUAACACUUUAAAAUAGAUCAAAUCUAUCCGUGGUCAGUAUUGAAAUUAGUCCUCGAAUUAGUCCUGGAAUAUGUUAAAAUACGAUAGUGUUAUAGUAUACCACUUUUCGUUGAAUGUACAACUGUCAAAAUCCGGAAAUAAUUUUUGGUAUCAAUAUUUGUUUAUAUAGUUGGUGCAUUGGAAAGGUCUUCUUUUUUUUUCACGUUUUCUAUAAAAACUAAGGCUAAUUUUUUCGCAAACCAUUAUUCGUUUGACUCUUUUGACGGUGAAUUAACAUUUAAAAUCAAAUUAUUAGUUGAUUAUCAAAUAGCAUAGAGUCGUUUGACUAAGGAAUAUAUACAUUUUUCUCGAUUAAUUUAAAUUUUUAAACUAAACAUGUUACAUCGGUUUUUUUAAUUCGAAAUAAUUUAUUAAACAUGUUUAUUAAAUUUUUAAAAAUUAUGCAGUUUGAAGCAAAUUUUCAAUAUGUAAGUACCUAAUAUAAUUAAAGAUGUUGAAAGUAAAUUUUAAAAAACAAAAGACAUAAGGUGAUGAUAUUGCUGACAGAUUAAACUCUGUACAUCUUAUACUUUCUAUAGGUAUGGUGACCAGAUAUAAAAAAGUACACUUUCAAAUAUAUGUCCUCCAUUAUAAAAAAGAAAACUUCCUCGAAAGAAUAGGUUAAUGUGUAUACUAUUCUAUUCAAUCUGCCCGUAGCUCAUCUCCAUCUAUAUCUGCAUACAUAUGUAUACUCUAUUAUUAUUUUUUCUAUUCUCAACUAUAAUACAUAUAAACAUGUAUUAUGCUCAUUUUUUCAAGUAAAAAAGUGUAUAAUUUCAUGUACUUUACACUAUUGUUAAAGACAUAAGACAAUGCAUAAAAAAAAAAAAAAAAAAAAAAUACAUCUGGUCACCAUAUCUAUAGGUACUAAUUUAUAUUAAUUAAAAAUAACCGACAAAAAACGUAGGAAAAACGAGAAUAUUUAUAAAAUGUAUUAUAUCAUUUUUUUUUUUUUUUUAGUCAUAAUUCAGUUAAAAAUAUUAGCAGACUUAAAAUUUGGGCAAAACUUAUAUUUACCUUUUAUAGACGUGGUAAAAUUUUUAAAAUAUUUAAGUCAUUAGUCAUUUUCAAGAUAUUUAUAGACAUUUAAAUUUUGCGAGUACUUAACGUAAUUUGUAUUCGGUAAGUACUUUGGACAAAAAUAUUAAACCAGAAAAAAUGUUUGAACAUUUUUCAUGAAGUUGAUUAAUAGUUGUACUUGGUAAUAAAAAAAAAAAAAAAUCGAGCGUAAUGUAGUAGUUUUAGAUUCUGAACGGGCGAAGAAUAUAUUGGUUUUAGAAUGACGUUUAAUUUUAAUUAUUUUUUCUGUGAACUACAUUUUUACCACGAAUUAAGAACCUUUUCUGAAUGGAAAUUUGAGUCGAGUGGUACUGAAGAAAUCAUUUUUUAAUUUUCCUAGAAGUUUUUAUAAUUAAUGGGAAAAAUCGGUAUAAAACGUAGAAAAAAACGGAAAUAUUUACGAAAUGUAUUAUUAUAAAAUCGUAAAUAUUACGACCUUUCAAACAUGUAUGUAAAUUAACUCUAUUCAGGAUCAUUUUUUGUAUGCAACCAUAUUUCGUUGAAUAUAUAUAUUUAUUAAAAUUCAUCGAUGAAAAAUCGUAGGGAAAACGGGAAAAUUUACGAAAUGUAUUAUAUUCAAAUUGUAAAUAUUACGGCCUUUCAAAACAUGUAUAACAGAACUCCGCUCAGAAUCAUUUUUCGUUAGCAAUGAUUAAUCGUUACGUUCAGAUACACAUUAAAUUUUCCCUCUGCCGCUGCAACUUCUCACUCACAAUAGGGGCUCACCCAUCGUGCGAAAUAUGUCCGCUUGUUAUUUGUAUUUACAAUACAUAGUACAUAUACAUACAUACAUACAUACAUACAUACAUACAUACAUACAUACAUACAUACAUACAUGUAUUCACAUAUAUUUUCAAAACACAUUUGUAUUGGGUAACGUUGUUUUCGUAUAAAACACAUUUAUCAUCAAUAAUGCGAUCGUUGAUUGUCUGACGGUUUUUCGUACCCGCAUCACGCGACGCACAAAACAAAUGCAUGACAGUGACGUAAAAUAAUCACGCCACUUUGGCCGCCCGAUAUGUAAUCUCGUCCGGCCGCCGCGAUCGCGUAGUAUAAAUACGGAUACGGGAUCUCAGCACUGGCAUAACACAUCUUUUUGUGCGAUUUUAUUCAUUGGUGAGUACCUGCGGUACGCACUGCGGCCAAUAGUUUAAUAUUCUAUCUGUAUACCUAUUAUUGUUAUUGUCUUUUUGCAGUCUUCACUUCGUUUCUCGAAACCAAAACAAAAACCAAAAAUGGGCGCAGAAAAGGUAUCCAUGAACAUCGUUGUCGUCGGACAGGUCCAAUCCGCCAAGGUCGCCAAGAUCGUCUCAAAGGCCGCCCCAGCCACCAGCCAAUUGAUGGUGAGUACCCAACCGACUUCUAUUUGUAUUUAAAUAAUAAUGACGUGUCAAACAAUCCAUUCGAUAGUAAUGUCAUUUAAAUGAAAUAUGGACAAAAUACAUACCUAUUCAGAAUUCUAAUGAGUAACGAAUGUCUAGAAAUGACCAUAAGGUCGGCCUUGAUUUUAAAAAUUACAACUUUAAAAUAAAAAAAUUCUUACCGUGGCAUUUCCUUGUGAAAACUCGGUUAAUUUUAUAUUACCUCUUAUUAGUGUCCAUAAUAACUAGAUCGACAGAAUCGGCGUCUAAAUUCCCCCCCCCCCAAAAAAAAAAAAAAACCACUGAAAUACAAUUUAAUAUUUUGAAAUUAUUAUAAUAAAUGAAUGAAUAAAUCAAUGUGUUUUGUAACUUGUGUAACUAAACGUCGUAGUUGAAUUGAUAAAUCAUAGUAUAAUAUAAUCACUCCGCCUAUUAGACGUUUUCGAAAAUUGCUAAAAUAAUAAAUAUUUUUAAGUUUACUAUUAUAAAACAUUGGGUAUACCUAUGGAAAAACGAGAUAAUAUUUACGAAACCCUAAAAUGUUAAAAAAAAUUUGUAUUAAAAAUAACACACAAGGAAAUCCAAAUAAUUUAUAACAAUAAGUAUAACUAUAUAUUAUUACAAAAACAAUAACAAUAACCAUAAAAUGUGCUUUACAUUAAUGUGUAUUCGUAUUUUGUUUGUUUCAGAACUGUUAA